AUGAAGGUGGUCUUCCAAAUCUUGGCGCUGACUGUUCUCGUGGCAUACGUUUCUGGUCAUGGCAGGGUCUUGCACCCACCGUCCAGAGCGUCAAUGUGGCGUUAUGGGUAUAAAACACCCGCCAACUACGACGAUUCCGGCGUCAACUGUGGCGGGUACGGCCAUCAAUUUGACAUCAACGGGGGAAAAUGUGGCAUAUGUGGUGACGCGUACGAUGAACCAGUACCAAGAAGUCACGAACUAGGAGGGAAGUAUGGCUUGGGGAUCAUAGUGGCGGAGUACGAGGCUGGCGAAGUAUUUACCGCUACCGUCGAGAUUACAGCCUACCACAAAGGUUACUGGUACUUCAAGAUAUGCCCGGACCCCAAUAGCAACGAGCAGGAAUGUUUCGACCAAUACCCGGUAGAACUAGAAGAAGGUGGCAUGAAUUACUAUCCUCCAAGUUCUGGAGUCUUUCAAGUGAAUUAUCGCAUCCCCGAGAAUGUAACCUGCGACCACUGUGUGCUCCAGUGGUGGUACAGAGCUGGUAACAGUUGGGGAACUUGCAGAGACGGCUCGGGAGCUAUAGGUUGCGGAAACCAAGAACAUUUUGGAGCCUGCACCGACAUCAGAAUUAAACCCAAAACACACAUCAUACCAGACGGUACACCUAUAGAAUUAAACUAA